CAAAUAAAAAGACUUGAAUGUAUUGAAAUAAAUUUGUUGUUAUGGAAUUCAAUUAAGUAUUCUUAUUUGUUUAUUUGAUAAACUGCUUUUAUUUGGGACUCAUCUGCUAACUUUAAAGUAGUGUCAGACCGAAGUUUCGGUUUCGGCAUAAAAAUCGUGUUUCGGCUGAAGGUUCGGUUUCGGCGCAAAAACUGCCGAACCUUUCGGUCGCACCGAAACUUAUGACCUUGUACUUUCGUAUCUAUUUUUUUAGUGUAAAGACUAUUUAAUUUACUAAGCGGACACUCAAAAUGGAUAUAUAAAUCAAUUAGUUGGUCUAGAAACGUUUUAUUUUCAUAAACGGAACGCAACGAUAUAGAAGAUAUAAUAGAAUGUAAAUAAAUUCGUAAAGUUUUCGAAUAUACUCGGAUGCGCUGCUUAAAUGCCUGCAUAUACAUAUUCGUUUAAAUUAACAGUUUUGUAAGAUUCACGGUUGGUUUCAGUAUACUUAAAUCGACCGGGAUGCAACUUGUUUUAUUUUGUACCACCUAUGUGAAUUAAAGGUAUUUUUACUUUUUCAUGGGUAAUGGUCCAACCAAAGUUUCGGUUUCGGCCAAAACUAGAACCAAAACCGAACCUUCGGUUACGGUUUCGGCAAAAAAACAUGUUUCGGUCGGACACUACUUUAAAGUCAGUCAGUAAAAAGGCUCAGGCUCCUACUUAAUCCAACAAAUAUCGCCUGUCAUUCAGCACGACAUAGCUGCAAGUAUUUUUGGCACGUGGGGGUCGGAAUGGGGUUUUAUUGUAUAGAAAAUAUAGUUAAUUACUAGAGUUAGAAGUAAUCCAUGAACUAUGAUUAGAUUUAAAGUGAUUCUAAUUCACUCUAUCAAAACCACUCUUAUUUUCAGAUUAGGCAUAUACCAACAAGCUGAUAACCAAGGUUUUCUCCGUGAUGAGAAAAACAACACAAAGUUCACAAACAGUUUAGUAAUGGGUGCUUUCGCUGGCAUGGUUGGAGCGUUCUUCGGCAGUCCGCUACAGCUAGUUAAGACACAGCUGAUGUCUUAUUCUUCAGAGAAGAUAGCGGUUGGUACCCAGCAUGCUCAUACAGGCAUGACAUAUGCUAUGAGUAAGAUUUAUAAGAAGAACGGGUUGGGAGGCCUGUGGAGAGGUGCUCAUGGAAUGAUGCUCAGGAACUCCAUAGGAUCAGCAACGCAGAUUGCGUCUUAUGCAGUUUGUAAAGAAUGGAUGGACGACAACGACAUGUUCCAACAGUCGAAGUAUCUAUCGGCAUUCGUCGCCAGCAACAUAGGGGCCGUGGUGAAAACAAUCUCCUUGACGCCAAUGGACGUCAUUAUGACGAGAUUGUACAAUCAAGCGGUGGACGUAAACGGCCAAGGGCUCCUCUACAGCGGCAUAGUAGAUUGCGCCAAAAAAAUCACCAAGACCGAAGGUCUCCUAGCGUUUUACAAAGGUAUGGGCCCCUCAUACCUCCGUCAGGCGCCACACACGGUCCUCCUACUUGUGUUUUGGGAUAUGCUGAAGGAUGUCCAGAAGAGUUUUGAGGAGAAGGCGUGAUGAUUUAGCAUUAUUGGUAUGGUGUGUUUUGACUUUAUACGAUUUUAUUUUAUUUUGUUGACAAUGUUUUUCUGUAGAUUUGGAUAAAAUUUGGCUGGUUUGAAGGUCCUUAUUCUGGGCGAAUACGAAAUCAAAACUUUCCUAUGUAAUUGUCCGUCAAAAAAUAUCGUAUAUUUUCGUAAUUCAGAGGUAAAUUUUUAGGACAUGCAGAAUAGACAACUAUAACUAUCCACCAAAUUUUAUCGAAACCUUACGAAAGAAGUUCGACAAAAUAAAAUCAGCCCAUACGGUAUGUAGGCUGUUAUUUUUGAGUAAUAAGUAUAAGCGUUAAGUUCAAUUUGAUCUGUUCCUAGUCAAUUGAUUGUUAAUAGACUGUUGUUUCAUAGAAAAGUGCGAUUUUUGAAUAAAAAAUCUUUCACAAGUAGGCAGUACAAGUUAUAAGGUGUCGUGGAAUGGCUCUAACCACGUGCUUGAUAUUUUUUAGUGACUUCUAUUAUUAUUAUAAUAAAAUAAGGGUGACAGCUGGUAACUACAGUUGCCAAAAGCAUCUGAUUGGCUAAAUGUAAAAAAAAAAACUGUAAUAUGUAUAUUUGUAAUCGCAUUUUAGUCUAUGAAACAAUUUCUACGUAUAAAAAGUUAGAUUCAAUAUUAAAUAUUUCAAUAUGCGAAAGAUUAAAUAAUAUGUAUAAUAUUUCUAAGUAGGUAAUGGUACUCGUAUCUACGCCCUAUGUGAUUCACGCGUUUUUAUAUUAAAUAUCAUGUAUGGUAAUUGUUCAUUAAUAUACGAUACGGUAUUAAGAUUUUUAAUUGUAAAUAUCCGAUUUAAAAAGUUAUACUACGCGAUAUUUUCUCUCUUUUUCAUUGGAAAAAAAAAGAUUACAUAAUAUAAUGUGUGGGUUGCCAUAAAGAGCGUGUGCGUAGUAGGUUUUGCCACCUGUUGCCUGAUUCAGAACUGUUCAAUAGACAUUUACACUUCAAGCUUUUAAAAAGAGCUCUGUACUGCUCUUCGGAUUUUAAAAGGCAGUCUUCCGUAAACAAAAUGUUCUAAGAAGACUUGCCUUUUAGUAUCCGACGGCACAUACGCACGCUCCUUAUAACCUCAUAGGUACACAUGCACAUUUCGUCUCGUAUUAAAUCAUUAAUAAGUAUAAAAUAAAUAUCAAAUGUAAAAAUUAAUAGCCAAAUAUACCCGUUAUCAUAUUACUCUUAAGCUAAUCUUAACUAUAAAACCAAUCUUUAUUUAAACUAGAAAGGAAUAAGUAUUAUCGCGUGCACUUACUUUCUUUGUUAGUUUAAAUAAUGAGUACUUAUUUAAAAAUAUUGUUAGUAUAAUAACCACCCAGUGAAACAAUAGAGUAUUCAUUAUGUAACCCGAAGUAUUUUAUCAAGUAAUAAAUUUUCAAAAAGUUAUACUAUAAUGCAAAUUACCAAAGCAAAAUACGAUACUAUUGUACCAAAGUGAACCCAUUACGGGAGCUUGUCUUAUCUACAUACUUAUACGUAGAUAAAAUUGUUUUAAUUUCUGCUGUUUGAUAGUUCAUUAGUUCAUAAUCAGAAAAAGUCAUAUUUAGGUUAUACGUGUAGUAAAUACACCGGUAGUGGUGGUAGUACAUUUUAAAUGGAUAUUAAAAGAAUGUAAACAAAAAAGACUUGACUCGUUUUUCGGCCAAUGAGUUACAACAUUUUAUGUCUGUGGAUUACGUCAUUGCCCGACUGAGAUUUUCGAA